AUGAAGACGAGGAAGACUCAGGCCUCCGCUCUUAGACAACGCCCCCUUCUCCCCGACCCCACCGUGCAGCAGACCCGUUCACCUGUCCACCCUCUUGCAUUUCAGAUUGCCCUGUGCCACUUUUUCUUCAACAUCUCAGGCAUCUUGCUGUGGUACCCAAUCCCGUUCACCCGCCUGCCCAUCCGCCUGGCCAAGGGGCUGGGCAGCAUCUCAGCUAAGUACCGCUGGUUUGCCAUCUUCUACCUGGUCAUCUUCUUCUUCCUGAUCCCUCUGGCAGUGUUUGGCCUCUUGCUGGUCGGCUGGCCAGUGCUGGUGGGUGUGGGAGCGCCCAUCAUCUCUGUGGUCUUCCUGGUGGUGGCCCUCAGGCUCCUGCAGUCCUACUGCCCGCGCGUCCUGCCCCACAAGCUCCAGAACUGGAACUUCCUGCCGCUGUGGAUGCACUCGCUGAAGCCCUGGGACAAGCUCAUCACCACGCUCACCAGCUGCUGCCAGAGGCUCUGCUGCCGUACCUGCUGUCUGCUGUGUGGCUGCCCCAAGUGCUGCCGCUGCAGCAGGUGCUGUCGCUGCAGCAAGUGCUGUGAAGACCUGCAGGAGGUGCAGGACGUCCCCGUUAAGUCCCCCGAGGCUUUUGCUAACAUGGCCAUGGACAAAGAGGCCCAGGACGGGGUCCCCAAGUCCGAGGUGGAUGCCUCGGGCACCAAAACCACUGCCAGCAUCACAGCCUUGUAG